AUGGAUCUGUCUGAGGAAAUAUUUGCCCUAUUGGGAAUUUGUUCGAAAACAUUGCGAAUUUUCCCGGGCCUUUUGGCCGAAGGUACAAAAGAACAGAUCAGUGAUGCGAUUGCGCAACUUCUGGUCAAACAUGGAGUGAAUCCCGGAUUGGCAAAGUCCGUUUCCAGUCGACAUGUGAGCUACUGGGCUACAGCUCCGGAACAUUUGAAUGAAUUGGAUGAUCUCAGUGAUCUGUUCACUCUGUUACGUCAGCAUGGAAUUCUGAUUGGCAUUUGUACAUCGGACAGUCGUGCGGGAACCACAAAGUCGUUGAUCGCAUUGGACGUAUUACACCUGGUCGAUGUGAUCGUAUGCGGAGACGAUCCGGACGGGCGACCCAAACCGGAUCCACACAAUGCUCGAAUGAUUUGUGAUCAAUUGGACAUCAAACCGGAGGAGGCUGUGAUGGUCGGUGACACACCCACGGAUAUUCAGUUUGCCAAGAACGGUAAUUUCGGUCUUGGCGUCGGAGUUCUCACCGGUAUCGGACAACGGGAAGAUUUAGAACGUGCAUGGUACGGAUCUGAACGACCGGGCAUCGUGGAAAAGGCAAAUCCCGAUGAUAAGUUUCAUAUAGUCCCGUCUGUCGCGGACAUCAUUCCUCUAGUUUUGCCUGACUCGACCAUCCCUAUCCAAUCGUUGCUUAGACACACGCUGACAGAAUCUACUUCAUCCCCGGGGGUUAGCGAGAUGAUUCGGCUGAUUAUAUUGGACAAGGACGGUUCGCUCACUAAUGUGCAUCCUCGAUGGUCCGAUUGGGCGGAAAGCAUAUGUUCCAAGUGA